CCGGCGGCAGGACGGGGGAGCGCGUGGGCGCCGUUGGCAGCCGCUGAUUGGUCCGCGCCGGGGGCCGGUGGCGGAAACGGUUCCUGAGGCGACAGUUCGCCGUUUACCUCAGCCGCCUCCGCCGCCGUCGCGGUGCUGAGGGACUCGGGGGGAUGCGGCGACCGAGUGGCCGCGGCGGCUUCCCGCCCCUGGCUUCUCGCUCCUGGCCGUUGUCGCCGCUCUCUCUGCUCCUCCUCGUGUGCGGCUCGGGCCUGGCGACGGGAGCCGAGGAGGGCGCUGUCACUUGCGGCUCGGUGCUGAAGCUGCUCAACACCCGGCACAACGUGCGGCUGCACUCGCACGAGGUCAAGUACGGAUCCGGUGAGGAGACGACUCGGGCGGGAGGCGAGACAGAGGAAGGGAGGGCGGCGGCCGGAAUCGGUUUCAGAGCGGGGGAAAAAGAGGAAAGAGCCGCGCGGCUGCCGGGAGGAAAUGAAACCCCUCUCGGCCCCAGGCGGAGGCUGUGGGGCGGGUUAGACACCCGAGGGCCCGUCAGAGCCCCGCAUCGUUUUCCCAGCUAGUGGCCUUCAGAGGAAGGAUGCCAUUAGCAGUACAGUGGUAUCUCGGGUUACAUACGCUUCAGGUUACAUACGCUUCAGGUUACAGACUCCACUAACCCAGAAAUAAUACCUCGGGUUAAGAACUUUGCUUCAGGAUGAGAACAGAAAUCGCACAGCGGCAGCAGGAGGCCCCAUUAGCUAAAGUGGUGCUUCAGGUUAAGAACAGUUUCAGGUUAAGAACGGACCUCCAGAACAAAUUAAGUUCUUAACCAAAGCUAUCACUGUAGUGGCAUAGGUGCUGGGGGCCCCGAGCACCAGUGCCAGAUUUACGUAUAAGCUAAGGGCCCCUUUCUCUUCAGGGGCCCCAAAAAAAUUAAAAGGAAAAGAAAAACUGGAUGUACAUUUCCAAAAUAUAGGAUAAAAAAAUAUUUUAAAACCUACAUACAGCAAUAGUGUUUUGUGUUGUGUAGGCUCCUAUGAUGUAAGUAAUGGGCCCCGCCUGCUAGCCUGCUGCCUAAAAUAUCACUGGUUUGCUCAUUUCUAUAUAUAGGGUGCCUACAUUCUGCAUAUUUUGUUAUGUGCAAGUGGCUUUAGAUAUCUAUUAGGUCCAUAAUUACCAUAUAGCAUAUAUUCAACACAAAAAACAGCGACAAUUUGUUGUUGACAAAGGACAGCUGGACAUAUAAAGGGUCCCAUUACCUUCAAUAGCUUAGGGUCUCAUCAAACCUAAAUCCGGUCCUGCUGAGCGCCCACAAAAUUCCCCAUGAAGGGGCUGGGCACCCACAAAUUUGAGUGCCAGGGCCAUGCACACUGCAUGGCACCCAUAGCCCAGGGCACCCACAGCCAAGCUGGCACUCCUGAGUAUUGAUGUUGAUAAUGUUUAGUCCUCCUCAUCAGCCUAAACAGGUUCCCAGAGCAUGGGCGUAGGAGGUGCGCCCCCCCCCCCCGCAUCAAGUAAGUAAAUAAAAAUACCUAUUUUUAGUAGAAAUGCAAUAUCUACUCAAAGUAGAAAUUGUAGAAAUAUUUUGAUGGAUUUUUCUGAGCCCUUUGGGUCAAAAGAAAGCAGUUUAAAGCAGCUGACAUUUCAUUCUGAAUCUGCUUGGCAGAGGAUAAUUAAUGACAGGUGGCUGUCCUGCACCCCCCAACAUAAAUCAUGGUCAUGUCCCAGAGCAACUUGGGAGAUGCCCAUGAUAAAACAGCCCUCUUCCCUCAGGCUUUUACAGUCAGAAAAUGAGUAAACCAUAAGGAAAAAAGGCAUCAGGAGGGAGGAGGAAAAAACAUACCGACAGGCCCUGAACAUACCGACAGCGACAGGCCCUGAAAAGGCUCCCAGAGCGGUUUAGGAGGUAUUGGUGAUAAAACAGGCGGUGCCCACAGACUUCUCAGUGGCAAAUGGCAGAACCCCAAAAGGAAAAAGGGAUCAAGAGGGAGGAGGAGGAGGAAGCGAACAUGGCCAUGGUGUUUUACAAAAGAACAGGUAUGGCAGGUAUGCCCUGCCCCAAGGGUGACUGAAGUGUAAAACAGACACAGGGAAACAAGUUAGGGAAAGGAGAAAUGGAGGUGUGGGGAGAAAAUGUGGCCAUUUCAAUUAUGCACACUUUGAUUUGGUCACCACGAUACAAGGGUAGCUAGUGUGGUGCCCUCCAGUUGCUGCUGGACUACAACUCCCAUCAGCCCCAGCCAGGGUCACAGUUGUAGUCCAGCAGCACCUGGAGGGCACCAUGUUGGCUUACCCCUGUAGUAAGAUAUAGGGACAUGGUGACUGAGGGAAUGUUCAUUACAGAGGGAACAAGGGAAGGGAAGAAGGGGCAAGGUGAGGCAAUGGAUAGAGAUGAGAUUGGGAAGGUGGGUCCUAUUGUGUUCAAAAUAGGUCACUUAGGCAGAACAGAACAGGAUGGUGGCUGGUACCCAUAGGGGCUGGUCAGGUGGAAGCCCAAAGAGUAGGCAGAACUAGAGCCAGUGAGAGGUAGAGUCAUCUAAUGCUAAACUACUUACACACUUUACCUUCCAAUUCUACGAUUCUCUGAUUCACUCAAAGAAUUCUGGGCACUGUAGUUUUCCCCUCACCUAGAUACAGUGGUACCUCGCAAAACGAAUGCCUCGCAAGACGAAAAACUCGCAAGACGAAAGAGUUUUUCGUUUUUUGAGUUGCUUCGCAAGACGAAUUUCCCUAUGGGCUUGCUUCGCAAGACGAAAAUGUCUUGCAAGUUUGUUUCCUUUUUCCUAUGGGAAACCGUUUCAAUGCAUUCCUAUGGGAAACCGUGCUUCGCAAGACGAAAAAUUCGCAAGACAAAAAAACUCGCAGAACGAAUUAAUUGCAUGGUGAAAGCGUUAACCACUGAAUAGGUUUCUCCACCAGGAGCUUAUCUGAUCUUUUAUAAAGAGCAUAAGAAGAGAGAUCUGCUAGAUCAGACCUAAAGGUCUUAAUAAUCUGACAUCCUGUUUCCUACGCUGCCCCCAGCCAGAUACCUUUGCAUGAAGCUUAUCAACAUGCAGGACAAUAAAGUAAUGGAUAUCUUCGCUGAGAGACUGCUUCUGAACAGGGAGCUUUUGCCUAUUAUGGCUAAUAGCUGCUUAUUGACCUGCCUACAAGGAAUAUAUAUAUAUAUAUAUCUCAAGGACAUAUGAUAUGAAGAGUCCCCCUGGAUCAGGUGUGGAGAUGCAUCUUGUUCAGCAUUCUGUUUUCAACAGUAGCCAUACAGAUGUUGCUAGGGGGAACUCACCAGCAUUAGUAGACCCUUUGUUUGUGUACACAUGCAUGUUUGUAUCCCGCACCCUGGUAUAGACGUUUCUGCAUUCUUUUCUAAGUUUACAUCCUGUAUUAUUACCAAAGCCUCAAGGCAGCUAGUUCCAGUACAUACAAAAGUAUAUAAUAAAAUAUUUGUACAUGGAAAUGGAAUUUAGCUGUCAUGGUUAAUUGCUCCCAUUGGACAUAGAAAGUUUAGAAACAUUAAUUAAAUUUAUUAUUUUUAUCCUGCUUUUCUGUCUGAGGACACAGGCUGCACAAAAACAUAACUGAAGCAUACACAACAAUCAUAAAAAGAAAUAAAUUGCAGCACAUAAAAGCCAAAUUCAAAAUAGUAAGUUAAAAUCCAAAUAAAGCUUAAUAAUGGCAGGGGGGAAACCUUGCAAACCAAAGGCAUGCUGAAGCAAAAAGAGAAGGGGCCUCUCUGUAAAAGAGGGGGGAUGUUCUGCUUUUUUGUUUGUUUUUUGAAGAGAGCAGUGUUCUCAGGAAAGAAAGAACAAGCAGGUGGAGCAACCUCACUUGGCCCAGUUUUAUGACAAAGUCUUAUUACCUGCCUCUGUAUCUGCACACAAUGACUAUAUAGCAAUUGUUUUGUUUAUAGGAAGUGGUCAACAGUCAGUAACUGGAGUUGAAGUUUCUGAUGAUGCUAACAGCUAUUGGCGGAUCAGAGGCAAAACUGAUGGGUCCUGCCAGCGAGGAAUGCCUGUAAAGUGUGGGCAAACAGUACGCCUUACCCAUGUUAAUACAGGGAAAAACUUGCACACCCACCACUUCCCAUCACCACUCUCCAAUAAUCAGGUAAAACCAGAGCUUGUCCUUCAUACUUGUUUACUUAUUUUAAGUAUCUCAAAAAAUGUAAGCAAAUCAAAAUGGAGUUUACUCUUAAAUUGAAUUGGAAAGUUAUGAAGGCAUGAAAUAUCUAUAUAUUUAGGAACAGAUUAAAAUAUCAGUUGUGCUUUUCCAUAUGUAGUAUACAAUUUUAUUAUAAAGAUAUGCCAUUCAAUUCUAUGCAAGUUUACUCAGAAAUAAGUCUCAAUGCAGAAUUGCUUAGGUCUCUUGCUAUGUGUUAUAUCCUCUUCUACUUAAUUUCUCUCUUGAUGCAGAAGAGAAUGUGAUUUGUAGAGGGGUGGCCCAGAUAACACUUCUUAAGUAUGCAGAAAGUGGUUGUUGCUGUGGCUUAGGUUGUAUUCAUAGUGGUGGACUAUUGAUAACAUGCCCCAAAUUGACACUGGUAUAUGUUAAAGGCUGGUUCUUAGAUGUAUAACAGAAGAUAACCUUGUCCUAAUCUGUAGUUUGUGAACUUCUUCCAUUGUACAGUGGUGCCCCGCAAGACGAAUGCCUCGCAAGACGAAAAACUCGCUAGACGAAAGAGUUUUCCAUUUUUUGAGUUGUUCCGCAAGACGAAUUUCCCUAUGGGCUUGCUUUGCAAGACGAAACGUCUUGCCGCUAAGCCGCUAAUAGCCGUGCUUCGCAAGACGAAAAAACCGCAAGACGAAGAGACUCGCGGGACGGAUUAAUUUCGUCUUGCGAGGCACCACUGUAGUUGCUAUUUACUUGCUGUGGAACAUGAAUACAUAGAGCAGAGAGAAAAUCUGAGUGGCUUCUCUGCAGUACUGUACAAAACAAUCUCCCAUGACUCUAGAAUCUGUGAUGUGUUUAAUGAAAUGUCAUUUAGUAUUUAUAUAGUAAUUUAAAAUGUUCAAAAUGCUUCAAAUAAGUUAAGAUCUCUUAUCUGACCUUUACUAUAAUGUUUUGCAGCUGGUUAAAACCAAAACAAGUAAAAUAGUUUAUAGAGGAAUUAGAACCAGUAAAAUAGUUCAAGAAAGAAACAGAAUUCUAUAGAUUAUAGUGGGUCCUACAAAAAAAUUGCUUAAAUGUCAAAAGGCAGGGCAAAUACUAAUACCCCUUACCCAGUAUUAUUAUUAUUCCUGUGUUACAGUAGAUAGUCUGAAGGAUUGUGGCUGGAUUAAAGAUACUGUACCUACCAGGUCCAAGGCAAAUGCAAGAUGUUACCUGUGGGCUUUGCACUUCUAUCCUUCAUAGUUGUUUUGUUCUUAUUUGAUCAUAAGCAAUCACUGAUAAUGUACUUCAUUUCCCACUUCCAAUUCCUGACUGUUUCAGUAACACUUGGUUUUGGCAUUUAGAUUCUAAAAAACAGGGUUACAUUUCAGGUGUCGGGAAGCUUUAGCUCUCCAGAUGUUGCUGAACUACAACUCCAAUCAACCCCAGCAAGCAUGGUCAGUGACCAGGGAUGAUAGGAGUUGUAGUUCAGCAAUAUCUGGAGCAGGCGUAGGCAAACUCAGCCCUCUAGAUAUUUUGGGACUACAACUCUCAUCAUCCCUGACCACUUGUCCUGUUAGCUAGGGGUGAUGGGAGUUGUAGUCCCAAAACAUCUGGAGAGCCGAGUUUGCCUAUGCCUGAUCUGGAGAGUCAAGUGUCCCCUAUACUCUGUUAUAUUUGUUGUAGCCAGUUCUAAUCCUACUCAGAGUGGACCCAUGGAAAUUAAUAAAAAUGACAAAUUUAAUUCCAUUAAUUUCAGUGGCUCAACCUUGAGUAGAAUACAACACGUUGCAUUAUUAUUUUGAAGUGGGUACCAGAUCAUUUUAUCAUUUCCAUAUACUACUGUCAUUCUGCUUGUGUGAUGUCACACACACAACACACACACAAACAAUAUCUACCCCCACCCUUUUUGUUCUUAUAGGAAGUUAGCGCCUUUGGUGACGAUGGAGAAGGAGAUGACUUAGAUGUGUGGACAGUGCAAUGCAGUGGGACAUACUGGGAGCGAGACGACGCAGUACGUUUCAAGCACAUAGGAACGGAUGUGUUCCUUACAGUAACAGGCGAACAGUAUGGCCAUCCAAUCAGGGGACAGCGGGAAGUCCAUGGCAUACAUUCUCCUAAUCAUCACAACUACUGGAAGGCUAUGGAAGGUGUUUUCAUUAAGCCCAGCUUGGACUCUACAAAGCACGAUGAGCUCUGAAUGUGUGGUCGACAUUUUAUGUUAGAGUCCACCAAAGUGUAUGAGGUGGUUCCUUUCUUUAAACACCACCCUCAUUUUCCAAUAUUGUUAAGACACUGGAAUAUAUUUGCAGGUCAAUGUUUUCAUGAGUAACUGCAAUUUUGGUGAAUUCAGACCGAAAAGAAGCUAGAUUUGCUGUUUGCGCCCCCAUCUAUUUUCAAAAGUCAUUUCCUUUUUCUUAUCUCAUUCCUUCUUUCCCUUAACUAAGAAAAUAGUCACUUGCUGUGUAAACAAUCUAAUCCAAAGUGCAAUAAAACUUAAAUUUUUGUAAUUCUCAAGUUUUACGUAAACUCAUUAAAAAUAUAUGUAUGGAAACCUUGCUUUUAGCAACAACC